CCGAGAGGACCACCGAGAGCGGAUGAUGUGGGGCAGGAUCGCGGCGUGGCUGUGCUUUUUGUGUCUGAGCUUCCAGCUCAGCUCUGCUUGUCCCCCAGGAAGUCGUGCUUGUGACAAUGCCAAUGUCUCCUCUGUGGAUGCCUGGAUCUGCUCUCUGAUUGGCUCUCUGCUAGUGGGGCUGAGCGGAGUCUUCCCCCUUUUAGUGAUUCCCAUUGAAGCCGGUACAACUUUGAGAUCUGAAGAGGGUUCCAAAAAGCUCAAGAAGCUGUUGAGUUUUGCUAUUGGUGGUUUAUUGGGCGACGUGUUCGUGCACCUUCUGCCGGAGGCUUGGGCGUACACCUGCAGCGCUACCACAGGUACGUCCCAGUCUCUCCAGCAGCAAAGGCUCCUCGGCCUUUGGGUUAUUAUUGGGUUUCUUGCCUUCCUUUUACUGGAGAAAACCUUUUCCAAUGACAAAAAUGAAGAAAAAGAGAAGAGCGCCUCUCCAAAAGUGGCUUCAGGCAACUUAACGAACGGAAAACACGAUGUGCGCAAGAAGGAUGCGGCCAAAGAACAAAGCUCUGUGGGCAGCAAUAUUAAGGUCUGCGGGUAUCUCAACCUCUUGGCCAACACUGUUGACAAUUUCACACACGGUAUGGCGGUGGCAGGCAGUUUUCUGGUCAGUAGAAAGGUUGGAAUACUCACAACAGCAGCCAUCUUGCUGCAUGAGAUUCCCCAUGAGGUCGGGGAUUUUGCCAUCCUCCUCCGUGCUGGUUUUGAUCGUUGGAGUGCUGCUAAGAUGCAGCUGAUGACAGCAAUGGGGGGGAUCCUGGGGGCUGGCUUUGCAGUUUGCGCUCAGUCACCCAAAGGGGCAGGGGAAGCAGUAGCUUGGAUAUUACCAUUUACUUCUGGGGGAUUUCUCUACAUUGCAUUGGUUAACGUAUUACCAGAUCUCCUAACGGAAACCAGUGUGCGGAAUUCUCUGGUCCAGGUGCUGCUGAUAAGCUGCGGAAUCGCCGUGAUGACAGUGCUCUCGUUAACAGUGGAAUGAAUAGAAUGCAGCCCUUGUCAAAGAGAAGAGCACCUGUUACUGAUGUACAUUUUGUGGCAUGGACUGUCUCCAUCCAGAAAUGGGUCCCUGGCCUGUGUGCCCUAAUGGUACAGUCGUCUGCUGGACUUCCUUCGCAUUAUUCCGCAUUGACCGCCAAAAGAAGACUAGGUCACCGAAAUGGGCAUUGUACAUCCACGUUCGGUACACUCUCUAUUUUCGGAGGUCUUUUAUCAUUUUUCCAAUGCAGCUGGCAGAUGCUUGGCUUCUAUACAAUGCCAGUAGAUAGUCCAGAUGCAUCCACCAGCUGUUUUCUAAAUGCUCGUUUUUGUUGCUUUUACUGUCUAUGUGCUUAUGUGUCUUGUCUAAAGUUGGCCACACA